CAAGAAAAGUCAACGAGAAAAAGCGUCAACGUAUCAGUUGCUUCAAAAGUCAAAACUAUCUACACUCUCUUAGGAAAAAUGAAAUCUUUUUCACAAAUCGGAUUAUCUCUCACCUUCUGCUUUCUCUUGAUCUCCGGUCAAACCAAAACGGUUAAUUCUUCAUCCGACGAGAAUUCCGGCGAUGAACAGUGCAAAGCAUGGCUGGUUCAAUCAAUCCCCACCGACAUGCCCCACCUCCGCCUCGUUCCCGGCGUUCUCUCCACCGGUGACGUAUUUCGAUGGCUAGCUGGAAAUUCAUCGCGAAGCCUCGAUAUAAUUGCACAAUACUGGCAAUUGUUGGCACAUCCAGAAAAUCCCCAAUCAGGGGACUAUGGUUAUUCGAAGGAAGAAAUGAACAAAUUUGGGGCAAAUAACGGAAAUCGAGUUUAUCGAGCGUUGGAAAACGCUGCUGAUCGCAACAUUAGUAUAAGACUCUUACAGCACUCUGGUGUUUACCCCGAUUAUACCGAAGAACCAUCGAAUCUCGCUUCGGGAAGGCCGAAUGUGAGGAAUGUAACUUUACUACUUAAGGACUGGUUUGGAUCGGGCAUUGUUCAUGCCAAGGUUUGGAUAUCGGAUAACAAAGACGUGUACAUUGGGUCCGCGAAUAACGAUUGGAAAUCUUUAACUCAGGUUAAGGAAGUCGGGAUUUAUCUCGUCGGCUGUCCAAGAAUUGCAGAGGAGGUCAAAGUUUACUACGACAACUUAUGGAAACUAGCCCAUCUUAACUCUUCUGCUUAUACGAAAUCGAUUUGGGAUCAACAAUGGCAGAUUAUCCGGAAGGUUCCGUGUUGGUCACAUUUUCUACUCCCAGAAGAACGGUGCAGAUCGCCGCUUCCUAAGUAUGUGGAGGUGAAGCAUGUAACUGGCUACCCUGUGCUUUCAGAUCCCGAUAAGUUUCGUGUUUCUGUUGAAACUCCUGGAUGGAAUUAUUCAGCAUCGCAGCCUCAAUCGAGCUAUCUGUCUUUUGCUCCACCGGAGCUGUCGUUCAGCAAGCAUCAGGCAGACGAACAAGGUUGGGUGGACACAAUAAAAUCUGUCGGAAACGGAGCUACACUUCGAAUCAGUACAAUGGAUUGGCUCGGUCAAUCUCAGUACACUUCCCCGACAGUAUAUUGGUCAACCCUAUCGUCAGCCAUAUCCGAGGUCGUCUACAGUAAGCAGGCGAAAGUAAAACUACUCGUUUCAUACUGGGCACAUUUCAUCAACAACACAGACCAGUACCUAAAAUCACUUCUCUACACAAACAAUCUCUGCUCUUCGUCAAGUUCCAAUAAAUGUGGUGGGAAAAUCGAGAUUAAAUACUACCUCGUCCCGGGGUAUAAUUUGACCGGAGCUGCCUCCACAGCUGGCGGCGCAGCCACCGGAAAUAUUUAUCCGGCGUACACGAGAGUCAACCAUGGGAAAUACGCUGUGAGCGAUAAACGGGCCCACAUUGGUACGAGCAAUCUCGUGUGGGAUUAUUUUUAUGCGACUGCAGGAGUUGGAUUUGGAACGAAUAACGUUGCCAUUGUUGACCAGCUUCGAGAAAUCUUUGACGCGGAUUGGGAGUCGCCUUAUGCAGUGCCUGUUGUGCCGUUAUUGGAAGAAGGAUAUGCUUGUUCUGGCUGAACGACGAGUAUCAGUAUUAUCGUUUUUUUGGUGAGGCUAUUUCCCGAUGCCCGAACAUCGUACACAAUGUAAUAUGUAUGUGAAAGAUCACACGAAUAGAGAUGGCAACGGGUCGGUUCUGGGUCGGGUUUGCCUAACCCCGAGACCCGACCCGUGAAAAAUAUAUAAAACCCAGACUCACCCCAACCUGGUUCAGCUUAGACCCAGACCCGCCCCAACCCAUACCCGAAUUAAACGGUUCUGACUCGCCAGACCCGCAGGACUCGUUAACAUAAAAAAAAAGUUUAUUAUUGUU